GCAGGAGGUACCGAGGGUAGACGCUCCCGUAGCCAAGAUAAAUAAGAAGUCAGCUCUCCCAUUUGAGGAUCUAGGGUCCCUUAAAGAUCCCAUGGACAAAAGGGCUGAUGCAUACUUAAGGAAGAAUUGGGAAGCUUCCACUUCUGCCUUUAAGCCAAAUAUAGCAACUACCUCGGUGGCUAGGUCAUUAAAGCUCUGGUUGGAGGAAUUAGAGUCUCAUAUAGAGAAUAAGACUCCUAGGGAUCAGCUGCUGGAGGCGAUACCAACUAUGUCCAGUGCAGUGGACUUUAUCUCUGAUGCCUCCGCUGACGCAUUGAGGCUUUCCGCUAGGGAGGCUGCACUCUCCAAUUCAGCCAGAAGGUCGUUAUGGUUGAAAGGGCGGAAGGGCGAUGUAGCUUCAAAAUCUAAGCUUUGUGCCUUACCUUGCCAAGGGGGCUUUCUAUUUGGAUCAGCCUUAGAUGACAUUUUAGAUAAGGCAUCCGAUAAGAAAAAAGGUUUUCCAGCACCGUCCUUUCCUAAACAGGGGAAGCCAUUUCGGAGUAAUGAAAGAAGGAAGGCUUUUGGGGAUCAAAAGAAAAGGAGGGAGUGGAGAUCUGAUAAAUCAAAAAGUGUGCUGUUUAAAUCCAGACCUCAAACAUCAAGUUCCACUCAACAAUGACGCGAGACCCCAAGUGGGCGGUCGUCUUUCUUUAUUUUUUCCAGCCUGGCGAAAUAUUACCGCAAGCGCCUGGGUAAAGGAUAUUAUAAAGGAAGGCUAUCGCCUAGACUUCAAGAGACUACCGCCCAGGACUUUCAAAGUUACUUCAUUAAACCAAAAUUCUCCAAAACAGGUGGCACUUUUGGAGGAAAUAAACAGCCUCCUGGAAAAGGCAGUCCUUGUUCCAGUCCCAAAGGACGAACAAGGAGAGGGAUUUUAUUCAACCCUAUUUCUGGUCCCCAAGCCCAACGGUACGUUCAGACUGAUUAUAAAUUUGAAGGGUCUCAACCAGUAUCUGUCCUAUCAGAAAUUCAGGAUGGAGUCCAUCUCCUCCACGGUCCUCCAUCUGUUCCCCAACUGUGUGAUGGCCUCAAUAGACAUAAAAGAUGCCUACUACCACGUGCC